AUGAGGCAGGGUGAUCCCAUAUCUCCCUUUUUAUUUGUGGCGGUUAUGGAAGCUUUGUCAUGCCUUAUUGACAAGGCAAUGGAGCUGGGUAUUUUUUUUGGAAUCAAGCUUCCCAAUGACGGUCCGGUUUUGUCUCAUUUAUUCUUUGCUGAUGAUGCUUUGAUUAUUGGUGAAUGGAAUGAAAGCAAUGCAUUCAAUAUCGUGAGAAUCUUAAGAUGCUUCCAUGUAUGCUCCAGGCUCAGAAUCAAUUUGGGGAAGUCCAAUAUAUAUGGCAUUGGGGUGGAUUUGGCAAGUGUAGGAAAUUUGGCGGAAGUGGUUGGCUGUAAGCCGGACUCCCUCCCCUUCAAGUAUCUUGGGUUGAAGGUGGGGGCCAAUAUGAAUCGUGUUAAUAAUUGGAGACCUGUGUAUGAUGUAUUUGAAUCUAGGCUUGCGUUAUGGAAGUCGGCUCUGUUGUCUAUCGGAGGUAGAAUCACUCUCAUUCGCUUGGUCCUGGUUAGUAUUCCUAAUUACUACUUUUCUCUUUAUAAGGCUCCCGUGAAGGUUGUCAAGGAUUUGGAAUGCAUGAUUAAAAAGUUUCUUUGGGGAGAAACUAAUGACAUUAGAAAAACGCAUUGGGUUGCAUGGGACAAGAUUUCUACCUCCAUCAAAUCGGAUAGGCUGGGAAUUUGUAAGUUGGCUAAUGUCAACAAGGCACUUCUAUGUAAGUGGGGGUGGAGAUACAAAAAAGAUAGUGAUAAUCUCUGGGUCAAAGUGGUGGAUGCUAUUCAUUCUGGUGGGGCUGGCUGGUCGUUUCUUCCGACGAAGAAGUCGAUUGGAGGAGUUUGGAACAAUGUUGUGUCGGUUAUCAAUAAACCCAUUGUCGGUAACGCGCGUCUCCGUGGUUUUUUAGGGGUACGGUGGGAAGGGGGGAUGAUAUCUUAUUCUGGCUGGAUCCUUGGUUAA